AUGCAGCGGCCAAGUGCUUCUCGGGCUGAAAAUUACCAGCUUCUGUGGGAUACUAUUGCUUCUUUAAAACAAUGUGAACAAGCUAUGCAACAUGCGUUUAUUCCGGUCAAUGGGACAGAAAUUGAAUAUGAGUUUGAAGAAAUUACAUUGGAGAGGGGGAAUUCUGGCCUGGGAUUCAGUAUUGCUGGAGGGACAGAUAAUCCCCACAUUGGAGAUGACCCUGGCAUAUUUAUUACGAAGAUCAUACCGGGAGGUGCUGCAGCAGAAGAUGGCAGACUCAGGGUCAAUGAUUGUAUCUUACGGGUGAAUGAGGUGGAUGUGUCAGAGGUUUCCCACAGUAAAGCGGUGGAAGCGCUCAAAGAAGCAGGGUCUAUCGUUCGGCUGUACGUGCGUAGAAGACGACCCAUUUUGGAGACUGUUGUGGAAAUCAAACUGUUCAAAGGGCCUAAAGGUUUAGGCUUCAGUAUUGCAGGAGGUGUGGGAAAUCAGCACAUUCCUGGAGACAAUAGCAUUUAUGUCACUAAAAUUAUCGACGGAGGAGCUGCUCAGAAAGAUGGAAGGUUGCAAGUAGGAGACAGACUACUAAUGGUAAACAACUACAGUUUAGAAGAAGUAACACAUGAGGAGGCGGUAGCAAUAUUGAAGAACACAUCAGAUGUAGUUUAUCUAAAAGUUGGCAAACCCACCACCAUUUAUAUGACUGAUCCUUAUGGUCCACCUGAUAUUACGCACUCUUAUUCUCCACCGAUGGAAAACCAUCUUCUCUCUGGCAACAAUGGCACUUUAGAAUAUAAAACCUCCCUGCCGCCCAUCUCUCCAGGAAGGUACUCACCAAUUCCAAAGCACAUGCUUGUUGAAGACGAUUAUACCAGGCCUCCGGAACCCGUUUACAGCACUGUGAACAAACUGUGUGAUAAGCCUGCUUCUCCCAGGCACUAUUCCCCUGUUGAGUGUGACAAAAGCUUCCUUCUCUCAGCUCCCUACCCCCACUACCACCUAGGCCUGCUCCCCGACUCUGAGAUGAUCAGUCAUUCCCAACAUAGCACUGCAACCCGCCAGCCUUCAGUGACUCUCCAACGGGCCAUCUCCCUGGAAGGGGAGCCCCGCAAGGUGGUCCUGCAUAAAGGCUCCACUGGCCUGGGCUUCAACAUCGUGGGCGGAGAAGACGGAGAAGGUAUUUUUGUCUCCUUCAUUCUGGCUGGUGGACCAGCGGACCUGAGUGGGGAGCUCCAGAGAGGAGACCAGAUCCUAUCUGUGAGUAUUGCUCCUUAAUCUUUAUUCCCGCCAUGUCUGACACCAUCUAAGAGAAAGUCCCUUCCGGUUAUACUCCAAAAGCACCUUCAUUCCAAAGGAAAUACGGAAGAAAGCAUUAUGGCUUUAGGUGCAUGUCGCAAUUUAAAUGGUGUUCAGGUUUGAGGCCUGUUACUUCCUUCAGAUACAGGUAGAGGUGCUAGUGUUUUCAUUUAGAUAUUCUGAGACAUAUUUGUAUGCAACAGAACAUUUGAGAAGCAUGCAUUUUUUUCAGUAUAUUGCUUAUUUUUCAAAGUGCUAAAUUUCUUUCCAAAUCCAUCAUGGUACAUGUAGUUUGUUGCAUGUAACUGUUUAAGAAUAAUGUAGGGGCUUCCCCCGUGGCUCAGUGGUAAAGAAUCCGCCUGCCAGUGCAGGAGACACGGGUUCGAUCCCUGUUCCGGGA